UAUACUCAUGUUGUCUUGAACCAAACACCCUUAAAACAUUUGAAAGGAAAAACAGCCAAGUUAUAUAUAUAUGGACGAGACAACUGCUACAAUCCUUUAUGGGUGUAAAUUGGCUAAGGAGCUCGAAGCCAACUUGCAAAACUGGGCAAAUCAACCCCAGUUCACUUUAAAUAAAACAGAAGAGAUCGUGGCGGUUUUUAAUAAUGUAAAGGAAAGAUUGAGCUAUUAUCAUCAGCAGCAGCAGCAGGCACUAGAAUUUUUCCAUGCAGCAGAGAUGUUGGGUGAGAGGCCGGCGACGGCGGCAUUUGCCGUGCAUGGGCUGCCGCCGGCGCAGGAAAGCGAUCAAAUGGGUGUAUCUGAUUCGAGUAGAGCAGGUGGUUCUUCUUCUUCUUCUUCUCAAAGGCAACGAAGAAGAACGGGUGAUACAGACAGAAGAACAGUGAGUGUGGCUGCUCCUAGAAUGGGAAAUCUUGAACUUCCACCUGAGGAUGGUUUUACUUGGAGAAAAUAUGGUCAGAAAGAGAUCCUUGGUUCUAGGUUCCCAAGGGCUUAUUAUAGAUGCACCCACCAAAAGCUAUACAAUUGUCCAGCCAAAAAGCAAGUCCAGCGCCUUGACGAUGAUCCUUACGUAUUUGAAGUAACAUACCGAUCUCAACACACUUGCUAUAUGUCCGCCACAGCUCCCACUGUGCCUCCUCCGUCAGUGGAAGAGAUAACUCGUCAAACCACCACAACCCUUCCACCACAUCUGCCGUUGCCGCCACCAACUUCAGCCUCCUUAAGCGCGCAUUGGCUCUCCAUGGAUAUUAAGCCACAAAGAGAUCAAGGCACAAGCACUAUUCCAUUUGACAUACAAAGGGAUUUUGGGCACAGUAUUGGUGGUUCACUAGCUAGCAUAUGCAAUAUGGUGAGCACCGGCGGCGGCAGCGCGGGGCCCUCCGGUGGUAGAUAUGGGAGGGAAGUUGACUAUCAGCUGCCGGUGGUGGAUAUGGCGGACGCCAUGUUUAAUUUUUCUGGGAGUAGUAGCAAUAAUAGUAUGGACAUCAUCUUCUCUUCCAUUGAUGACAAAUGGGACUCGGCAGAAAAGAAAGAAUAG